CGCCCUCAGUACCUCUCUAAACAUCGUAACGAUGGUGCGUUACGGUCCUCUACUUGCUCUAGUGCUUUACUUUCUUGCAAACCCUGUUUGGAGUGAUGACAGUUCUGAUACCAAGCAAGUAGAACACGACGAAAUGAAAUUGCACACCGAUGUACUAAAAGAAUAUAACAGUGACAUGCGACCGGUGAGAGACCACAAAAGCGCUGUCACCGUCAAAGUGCGUUUCGCGUUGAAGUAUUUAAGUUUCGAUUCUUCAGAAGAAAUGGUCACCGUGCACAGUUGGGUGGCACUGAAUUGGAAUGACGCGUUUUUAACUUGGACGCCCAGUGACUACGGUGAUAUUAACGAGAUCCAAAUCGAGAGCCAUGAAAUAUGGACACCAGGCAUGGCCCUGUUCAAUGCAGAUGCCACAUCAUAUAACAGCGAUUCAUUUUACACCACCUGUUUAGUAACUAACACGGGAAAGGUCACUUGCGUUCCGCACCUUGCUCACACAGGCAUUUGUAGAACAACGCUUAAAAGAUGGCCGUAUGAUGUGCAAAAUUGUACACUCUAUUUCGGUUCAUGGAUGCACACUGGAGAACAGAUUAAUUUUACAUUUUACAAUUUAAAACCGGUAGUGCUCGAUGAUUUUCAAAAUGGUGCCGGUUGGAAACUUUUGAACGUCGUCAACGAGCGAUUACCAGGAAAAUACAACCUCAACAGCACGUAUCCCAUGCUUAAAUAUACGUUUAUGUUACGCAGAGAAGCGGCCGGCCUCGCAGCUAUCGUUGUUGCCCCAUCAGUUAUUUUGGUGCUAGUAACGCUGGCGUCUCUAUUACUUGACGUUAAGGAUAAUACGAGAUUAAUACUCCUGUGCUUCAGUUUGUUCGGUCAUUUUACGAUGACUAGUGAAAUAGGAUAUGUAGUACCUAAACUGAGCACAGAUACACCGAUUAUACUAUUACUUGUAAGAGAUUCAAUGAUAAUCACUCUAACUGCAAUUUUCGUGACUAUGGUGCUGAUGUCCUUACGAAAGCAAGUGGUGCCUGCUCCAGCUUGGAUUAUGACACUUAAUCGCUUAGUUAGCAUUGGGCCAGGAAAAUAUAUGGUUUUUACAGAGUUCGAUCCAAGCGAUGGUGCUGAAGGCAAAAUAGUGUCCGAAGAUCCGAGAACUGAGGAGAAAAGCACUCGUUCCGCCUCCGACUGGAUAAAAUUCGCUACUGUGCUAAAUAACCUCACUUUUGUCAUACUUCUAUUCGUUUAUAUAAUAUUAAUUUGUACUUGUAUCCCGAGUGAUAAAUAAAUGAAUAAACAUAUAAUCGCUAGGUUAGCUUAGAACUUAAUCCUAAUAAGGCACAUUUCAUUGUACUUAAUACAUAAUUGAGCUUUUGAACCUAAGCAAAAUCUGUAGAUACAAAUAUAAAUAAGUUUCAAGAAAUAUUGUUGAUAAUGAAUUAGACCUACCUCAGCAUUCCAUUCCUCGAUAUCGGCAUACCGCAUGACGUCAUUUAUUCUGAUCAUUCUUACAGACCGUUGAGGUUGGGUGAGCUCAGAGUCAUGAAAAGGUCGUGAGCCAUUGAGCACGGUGGGCGGAGACCGCCACCGCGCACGAAAGUACAAAGUGUUCAGCAGAAUGGAACAUGCACCCUCGGAAAAAUCGUCUUCUUCGAAAGUAUUGCGCAUUGCACCACCAGAAUCUGUUUUCACCUUAAUAUUGACAUAAGAUUAUUACAAUAAACUUUAAAUUAAGA